AGAGAGACAGUCUUGUUCUGUUGUGAGAUAUAAAAAAGUAUUAACUGAAGAGUGUUUUUUUCCCCGAUGCGUAUAUGAGAUAACGAUGCCUCAAAAAUGAUUAUUUUUUUUGUUGGGUGAUUUGCGUGGAAGAGGUACCCCUUAUACCUUACCUUACUUCUUCACCAGGGACAUACCCAUCAAAGAGACAUCUUUACAGCUUUCUUUUCCCUCAGAUUUUGGGUGUUUCAAACUGUUUCUCCUUGUCUCUCGGACAACCAAGUUGGUCUUUCUAAGGACAGUUCUUUUCUCUUUUUUUUUUUUUUCCUUUCCCUUCCAAGAAUCUUCAAAUUAAGAAAGAUAAACAUUUAUAACCUACUUCAAGAAUCUUCCAAGAAUCUGACGUCUUUUCUUAUGUGGCUUCAUUGAUUUGAGUGAGCCAUGGAAAACAAUUCUCUUCCUAUUGAUCCGGCUAUGGAUUCUUCAUUCAUGGACGGAUUACUACUAGAAGGUUGUUGGUUAGAGACAACAGAUGCAUCCGAGUUCCUUAAUUUUAGUCCUUCAACCUCUGUUACCCCUUUUGAUCCUUCUUCCUUCAUGUGGUCUCCAACGCAAGACACAGCUAUCUGUUCAUCUAAUAGCUUAUCUCAUAUGUACGGCCAAGUUGUUGCAGAAAGAUCGAGUAUUGAGGAUCAAGGGAGAGAUCUAUCUAGCUUUAACAGACGCUGGUGGAUUGGACCAAGUGGUCAUGGCUCUUCCGUUAUGGAGAGAUUGGUUCAAGCUGUCACACACAUUAAAGAUUUCACAAGUGAGAGAGGCUCUCUUAUUCAGUUGUGGGUGCCUGUGGAUAGAGGUGGUAAGCGAGUUUUGACCACAAAGGAACAACCUUUUAGCCAUGAUCCAAUGUGCCAAAGGCUUGCUCAUUACAGAGAGAUCUCUGUGAAUUAUCAAUUCUCUACUGAACAGGAGGAUUCAGGUUCCAGUUCUAACGACUUGGUUGGAUUGCCUGGAAGGGUUUUCUUGGGGAAGGUUCCUGAAUGGACUCCUGACGUGAGGUUUUUCAAGAACGAGGAGUAUCCGAGAGUCCAACAUGCUCAAGACUGCGAUGUUCGUGGCACUUUAGCUAUUCCUGUGUUUGAACAAGGUAGUCAGAAUUGCUUAGGUGUUAUUGAGGUUGUAAUGACCACACAAAUGGUUAAGUUGAGCCCUGACCUUGACAGCAUUUGCAGAGCACUUCAGGCAGUUGAUCUUAGGAGCACAGAAGUUCCGAUACGGCCUUCUCUAAAGGGACCUGACUUCUCUUACCAAGCUGCAUUACCUGAAAUCAGAAACCUCUUGAGAUGUGCUUGCGAGACGCAUAAACUACCAUUAGCUCAAACAUGGGUCUCUUGUCUCAAACAAAGCAAAACCGGUUGUCGUCACAACGAUGAGAACUAUAUUCAUUGUGUAUCCACAAUCGAUGAUGCUUGCUAUGUUGGUGAUCCUACAGUCCGUGAAUUCCAUGAAGCUUGCUCUGAGCAUCAUCUCUUGAAAGGUCAAGGAGUUGUUGGAGAAGCCUUUUUGACCAAUGGUCCUUGCUUUUCAUCUGAUGUCUCUAGCUAUAAGAAAUCUGAGUACCCUCUCUCUCACCAUGCGACUAUGUUUGGCUUACAUGGUACAGUCGCGAUACGCUUACGCUGCAUCCACACGGGAUCAGUUGAUUUCGUCUUGGAAUUCUUUUUGCCUAAAAAUUGCCGGGAUAUCGAGGAACAGAAGAAAAUGUUGAAUGCUCUUUCGACUAUAAUGGCGCAUGUACCUAGAAGCUUAAGGACAGUCACAGAGAAGGAACUAGAAGAAGGAGAUUUGAUGGCGAGAGAGGUCAUAGAGAGAGGAGUGACAUUGCCAAAGAUAGAGAAUCCGUCUGAAGUACCAAAGAGUGAUAGUAAUCUUCAAAAUGCUGGAUUAGUAUUCGAUGAAGGAACAACAGAGAUGGGCGAGGUAGGCUCCGACUAUGGAAAAGGUUUGAGUGUGAAUGAAAACAGUACUUUCUCUAGUGCUAGUGGUUUCAGUAGGAUGACUGAGAAGAAACGAACAAAAGCCGAAAAAAACAUAACUUUGGAAGUUCUUCGCCAAUAUUUCGCAGGGAGUCUCAAAGAUGCUGCGAAGAGUAUUGGUGUUUGUCCAACGACACUGAAGAGAAUAUGCCGGCAGCAUGGGAUACAGAGAUGGCCAUCAAGAAAGAUAAAGAAAGUUGGUCAUUCACUACAAAAAAUCCAACGGGUCAUUGACUCGGUUGAAGGUGUUUCGGGCCAUCAUCUUCCUAUAGGCUCCUUCUACGCAAACUUCCCUAAUCUAGCUUCUUCACCAGAAGCAUCAUCAUUACAACAACAAUCCAAGAAGACGACAUUCUUGUUUUCUUCAAAUUCACAGCCUACAAAAUCCCCUGGUUCCUCGUGUAGUCACAGCUCGAGCUGCUCCAGUGAAACACAAGUAAACAAGGAAGAUCCUAAAGAUAAGACUAGGCAAGAGACAAUAAAUCUCCCAAGAUCUUUUAAAGAAAGGCAGACCACACACUUAUCACCAUCAACAUCAUCACAAGAGGAUGAUUUUCUGAGGAUAAAGGUAACCUAUGAGGAGGAGAAGAUCCGGUUUAGAAUGCGAAACUCACAUAGGUUAAAUGAUCUAUUGUGGGAAAUAGCAAAACGGUUUAGUAUAGAAGAUGUGAGCAGAUAUGAUUUGAAAUACUUAGAUGAAGACAAUGAAUGGGUAUUGUUGAGAUGUGACGACGAUGUAGAGGAGUGUGUAGAUGUUUGCAGAUCCUUCCCGGGACAAACAAUUAAGCUUUUGCUUCAGCUCUCUUCUCAAUAUCUUUCAGAACGUUCUUCUGCCAGUGGAUGCCCUUCAUGACAUGAAGAUGAAAAUACAAAGAUUACAUAUAGUCUGUGUUGUGUAAGCAUUGUUCAUAAGUUUUCUCUACUAUUUUCAAGAUUAUUUAGGUGGUGGUUUAGUUUGGCUUUUGUUUUAAAAACGAGAAAGAGAAAACGUGUAAAGAGCCUUUCUUCUCUAGAAAAGGAAUAAUUGAAGUUUUCUAGUUUACUACUUUUGAAAAGUGUAAUUAUUUAACUCUGAUUAUAAACAUAUUCUUUUGUGUAUAUGAAUUGCAUUGCAAUC